AUGUCUCUCUUCCGCGCCAACUUCCCUGGUCAGGGCGACUUCGCCCCUCUGUUCCGUCUUCUGGACGACUACGACACCCACCGCAACACCCGCACUCGCGCUACUCCCUCUUUCAGCCCUAGCUUCGAUGUCCGCGAGACUGAUGACUCCUACCACCUGGACGGCGAGCUUCCUGGAGUCGCCCAGAAGGAUGUCGACAUCGAGUUCUCCGACCACCAAACCUUGGUCGUGAAGGGCCGCGUUGAGCGCGAGUACCACAGUGAGCCCCAGGCUGAAAGCGGCCACAAGGCCACUGUCGAAGACGAGGGAUCUUCUAAGGAAGUCGAAAAGAAAGACAAGGCUCAGCCUAAGCACCGCUACUGGGCUCACGAGCGCUCUGUCGGCGAGUUCCAGCGCACUUUCACCUUCCCCUCGCGCGUGGACCAGGACGCUGUCAAGGCUUCCCUGAAGAACGGCAUCCUUUCCAUUGUCGUUCCCAAGUCGAAUGGCGCUGCUUCCAAGAAGAUUACCAUUGAGUAA